CAAGACCGUGGCGCUGAAAAGGUUAAGUUGACUGAUUUUAUGCGUAUGGCAACGGCAAGGCAACUCUCAAGUCACGGGAAAUUACCUAAAUUAAAUAAGGCUAGUAUAAGAAGUAUAAGGUAGAUAAAUACAAUCAAAAUGAGACAUAAGAUAAUUUAAGUGAUACGUAGCAGUAUUUUAAUGGCUUAAUUGUAACGAUACAGCACAUCAAUAGUUUUAUACCAGCAACUGCUAAGUAAAUAAAGAAAACCACAAUGGGCUGUAUGUGGUCUAGUGAGGAUGCUAACCGUUGUAUGUACUGUAAUCGCAGGCGAGUUAAGAAUUUGAUUUUCUUUAACGGUGUUUGCGAAAUUUGUAUUCGGCAAUCAUCAAGUCAGCAAACAACAACAGCUUCGGUGUCGGCGUCUUUGUUUCGAAAUCAUGUUGACGACUUGGUCUUAUACCCUCGCCGCAUGUCGCCCGGACCUGUCGGCGGCAUCACUGCAACUUCAACUUGCGUAGUCCGGCAAAUACACACGUCACCUUCGACACCUUCCUACACUGCAUCAAAGGCAAAGUCUUUUCAAGCAAAACCGCUUUACGGUGAAUAUCGAUGCUCUUGCGGUCGAUUUUGGAAGAGUCAACUGUCAUGGGCACGCGCCUACCAAAUCUGUAAGCGCUGCCGUAAACCAGUGUUUGCGCACAAACAGAGAGAACUGCGCCCCAGUGACCGAUCACAAGACAAGGAAAAUCGUCAAGAACAUCAGAGGGAAUAUUGCCAAAUGUGCCAGCAGCUUGGACGCUAUUGUGGGAAUUAUGGCAACAACGAGAAACGUCGCAUGAAGAAUCAUUAUUCUUACUAAUUUUUAAUGGAAAUGUUAUGAUUCUAAGAAUUAUAUGAUUUAUAUUUUGAA